ACACCAAAUUGAUAGUCUGAAUAAAAUCAUCCUGAUAUUGAGCUGUGUUAGAAAUUAACAGCUGCGCAAAAAUAUUUUGCGUCUUUUGUUUUUUCAUUUCAUUUGAUAAAUAUUAGCCUAUUGUUUGUUUAUUAACCCCCCGGCCUCCUGUCAUUUUGCAAUAGUGGCCCCAGAGCAAAGCUAAGGACCCUGGUGUAGACCUAAGUGCUGUCAGCGACAGGAGGCCCAGAAGUGGAGCUUUUUACCGUGAUCUGAAAUCGUGUGUAAGUGUGUACUGUGUUCCAGUAGGUCACCUGAUUUCCUAUCAACACCCUCCUCAGAUGCUGCCUUCACAUACCGCCGGACAAAUUGAAAUCACCGCUGCAGCCAGCAAAUUUUUCUAUUCCCAGGAUGGCGAAGGCAUGACCCGCCCCACUCUCCCACUGAAUGGCUAGUUCUCCUUGCCUUCUUCGGUUGUGUUGGUAAUGUUUAGACAAGAGGAGUGAGAUUGGUUAGGGUGGAGAAUGUAAGGUAUCCAGUCAGAAUAAAUGCCACAUCGCGCCGUCAAACUGUGUACACGUCUUCAACAAGAAGUCCCUGAAGGUAGCAGGAGCGGCAGUAUUCUGUAAAGUGGAUCCAUUGUGGUCGUUGCUCUCGACUUUCCUUCUACAGCUGAGGAUGGUGGCUAAAGAUGGCAGGCUUCCCAGGACAGAUGUUCAUAGAGGAAGUGAAAGCAGCAGCAGAGGCCAUAGAAGUGUGGUGACUGCUUGAGAGGCUGAUGGCAGUGAAGCAGCCAUGGUUUGGCUGUCAUGACCGCUCUCAUUUGGAUGCUCACAUGGCUGCCUCAGGUCUUGCCAGCUAUGAGUAAACUCCCCCAACCUAUCAACUUGACCCUGAACUCAAGCCAUUUCAAUCAUGUUCUGAAAUGGGAGCCUGGACCAGGGACACCCACAGGAGUCUACUACAGUGUCACCGUUAAGGCACAAACGGGCACUUCCUGGAUGCCAGUGGCUGGCUGCGAGCAUGUCCAACAUCCACUGGUUUGCAACCUUACAGAGGCCUUCUCUGAGCCAGAACAGGUCUACUUCACCCGGAUUGAAGCCCUGCUGAAAGCACAGGACUCACAAGAAGUAGUCCUCCCAGGAUUUCAACCCAUUAGAGACACUCAGCUGGACCUGCCAUGGCUGACUGUGUCACCCUGUGGCAAAGAUUUGUGUGUGGACCUUCAGCCUCCUAUGGGGCACCUUAGGGAGUACUAUGAUUCUCUGAAUUACAAACUCAGGAUCAGGAGCAACAAUGCAAAUGGAGCUCAGUUCUUUGAGGACAACAAGUCUCUGAAAAGGAAGAUUUUGAAGGAUCUGGCCUCCGGCAGACAGUACUGUGUCUCAGUCUGCUUCUUAGACAGUCACGUGCCAAGGGAGUCUAACUACAGCCAACCUGUGUGUGCUGUCACCGCUGGCUACUAUACUGCAGACCCGUUGAUCUCAGCCUUGUUGUGUUUGUUGGUGAUAUCUGGUGUGGGUGUUGUGGCCCUGCUGAUCUCUACUGGUUUUAUCUGUCUGAGAAAGAGGCCCCUGCCAUCUGUCCUGACAACCAUCCAUCACAUGGAAGAGCGUCUAGUUGCUGCAUCCUGCAGCACAUCUCUCUCUUCUCUCUUGAAUAUUAAACCAACACUGCCCUCUUCAGGUGAGAAGAGGAGCACCCACACAUCAGAUGAGAGUGAUGGGGAGAGUGUUACAGAGAUCACUGGAGGGAGCACAGGAGGAGGUUACAAACUGCGGUUGGGUGCUGACUUCCACUCUUCCUCGUUUUCGUCUUCAUCAUCUCUGUCAGCUCCUUUAUCCCCAAAGCCUGAACUGCCGCACAGUUUAAACCGAGCAUCAGACUUCCUCAGUCCCCAGCCUGAAUGUUCAACAGAGACACAUUCCAAUGCUGGAUUGAGGGAGCCACUGAGUGCAUACACAGCCUUACACUCUGAUUCUCUCCCUAAAACUGAUCAGGGUUCAGAUCCCUGUCCUGCAGAUGCAGACAAAUUGACUGUAGGGAUAAUUCAGUCAAAUGAAGAGGAGAAGGAUGUGGUGGGAGAGGAGGACAGCCAGGAUGUGAACCUACUCUCAUUAACCUUUGGCAGGCCUGAGGAGGAGGAAGAAGAGGAGGAGGUGGAGAAAUCCCAUUGUGACUUGGCAGAGUUAUCCUCUGCUUUAGAGGUGUACAACACAAUCGUAACCCUGCCCUCACUUGACAGGAACACAAAGGAAGUUGCUAUAGAAACUGUUUCCUGCACUGUUGAUGAAGAGGAGGUGGAAGAGGAGGGAGAGCACUCUGGAUAUAUGGUGCGUCCAUGUCAAUAUGUCUUAGAGAACUUAUUUUAGAAGUCUUGGGGCUAGAAGUUACUCUGCGUCAUGUCUUUUUACAUUUUCAUAAAAACCAGUGUUACAAAGACAGACUGUAAAGCUCAUGUAGCAGCACUGUUAUAAAUACAUUUCAUUCACUCAGUCUAGACACUGACCUCUCAUAUGCUGAUGAGGAAUUGGCCUUGCAGGGUGUACAUACUCUUCCCACAAGUAUAGUUUGUGGUGAUGAUGGGCCUCAUGCAAGAACCACACAUAUACAAAUGUUUGCUCUUAAGUGGCAUGUACAAAUUAUUUUGAAGAACUUGUGACAUCAUUCAGUUUUCUUGUGUUUAUUAUGUUUUCUUAGGCACAGAAUUGUUGUUCAAGUCAUGAUCAGAUCAUCUGCCUGUGGUGGCCUGUUGUUAAACUCCGUCACCUUUAUGGGGCUUUGCUUCUUGACUCAUGUAAUCUAUUUCAGUGGCUCUCAGCCCCUUUAGUGUUAUAACAAUCUGCUUAAAAUUUUAAGCCUAGUUUUUUUGGUUGUUGUUGUUGUUUUUUGUUUUUGAAAAAGUGAAAUCCUAAAGCGACUGUGGUAAUAAUGACUUGGGUAAGAGAAGGGCAGCAAAAUUAUUGGGCAGCCUUUAAUUCCCGCAUGAUACUACCAAAAGAAAGUACUUAAAGAAAAUUUUAAUGAAGCUUGAACAGUUUAUUGAGGUAGCAACUCCCCCUUCCCAAAUAAGAGUGCAAGUAAAAAAAAAACUGGAGAAAUGACCACUAUAGUAAAUUGUCCUUUUUGUCCAAUUCAAGUCUUCCUUACUGAAAGUACUCCAAGCAAUAAAAGGAAUGCCCAAUGUCCUGUCUUUAAAAUGCAAAACUAAAAACCAGGAAAAAGCAAAGCACUGCAAAUCAAAAAAGUCCAAAAUGAAUCAAACUCAUUGGCUGUAGAAUCAAGAAAAUAAGUAAUCCAGCCUUAGCCUGAUGACUCUACCAGUCUUUAUGGUCCUCCAUACACACUUGUUUCACUGCAAUCCGUCAAGGUAUCACCAUAAAAAAGAGUCAACGGGGUCUUUCUCUGUGGCAGGCUGCCCGGCUUCAACCUCACUCCUGUUUUCUCCUCACCUUACAAAAUCAAAAUCCCUCACCAAACUAUUCCCCUCUCCUUUGUUCCCUAGGCCAAUUUUCAACCAAUGUCCUCAUCAGAAAAUUGAUUGAAUCAGUGUAGUCAGAUUAAAAAUGUCAUUAUUGCAACUUACACUUAAGAUCUUUGGGGAGUUGAUAAACUAUAUAUUUUUGGAAAGUUUAGAGUAUGACAAACUGCAAAACCAAAUCUUUCCAUGUUUUUGAAAGUGUAUGUGGUGGUCAUUUUGGACUUUCAAAAAUAAGGACCAUCCAUAACUUGUUUUUAGCUGGAUCCUUCAUGAUAUAUCAAAAUGGCUUUCUGACUAAAGUGGAUAAUUGCAUAUUUUCCAAGCACAGGAAGCAAAUGGGACCUUUUGCAUUACACUAAAAAUAGAAUUUGAUGAAUGUUAGUCACCACAGUAGCCAUUUCAGCCAUGGAGUGAGGCCAUUUUCCCGAGGCUUUAAAUAAAAUAAAUGAAUGAAUGAACCUUUUAAGACUGGGGUGUAUAGACUGACCUUUAGUGACAUCUAGGAUAAUCAUAGUGAGAUGAAGCUUUACAGCCACAAACUAGAGACCUUGGGCAUUGAGAGGAUGUAUGGUUGUCAUAGGUAUAUUGACAAGAAGGAGGUUUCUCGGUAGUUUCUAGAACAGAAGUGCUCACAAUCCAAUAGCCGUAAAAUGCAAUUCUUGCAGAAAUCUCCAAACAUCAAAAAGCAAUAAUGCUCACUGGCAUAGCAAGUGUUAAGUUUGAUGACACCUUUGAAGUUCACAUGCAGUGUGCUAAAGACUGUUAUCAGCAUUCCCUGUCCACUGCAAGGGCAAGGUGUGUCUGCAUAAUUGUUGUUUUUCUUUUUUUGUUUUGUUUUGUUUUUUUCUUUUUUGGUCAAUGUGAUUUCCUGAAUAAGCCACCUGUUUAGCCACCAAAAGUAACCAUCUGCAUAGGUUGGAGUCUGACAUUUUGAAAAAAAAAAAAAAAAAAAGUGUUUUGAACACUCAACAUUUUUUAAAGUGAUUUUUUUUUUUUAAAUCACUUCUAGCCUAAUUCUAUUUAUAAUUUGGAGUAAGUGCUACAAGAAGCACUUUGAGCACCAUUAAGAUUGGGAAACUCCAGUUAAUCAGGAUGGGUUUCAUUAAAAAGGAUCAUCUACCUUGUAUUUUUAUUUUUAGAAAUCCUGACUGUAAGUGUAUAGGUUGUUCUACAUCAUGCAUGUCUGUAACAAGUAGAGCCCAUCAACUGUGUACUUAAUCAUGUCUGAGUUGUGCCUGAGGAAUGUUAGUUAAUGAAUGUCACACAGUCUCCACAUUGUAUGGUUAUAUACAUGCUUUUAUUUUUGCCAUAUUGUUUUCAUUUUAUGUUCAGUGUACAGUCAUACUAACAUUGCAUUUUUUAUAAGUUACACAUUGUAUCAGGAUCAUAACAUAAACCAUGUUUUAUUGCAAGUUACUGUGUGCAGCCAACUUCAAACAACAUUAUCAAACAGCUUCCAUAAGUGUGACGUUUUUGUAUUUUAUACUCACUGUAAAAUUCUGCUGUUUAAAAAAACGCAAUGUCAAGUUAUUCUUUAGUUUCAUUACUCAGUGUCCACCUGGAAACAUGUACAUUUCACAACUAAUAAACUUACAUUUAAAUAGC